CAAUUUUUAUCAAGAUCCAGCCCCAAUGAACUGUUGCAGCACUGGAGAGCAUUAUUGAGCGAACUGUAUUGUGUGUGUGGAUUUUACUUCUUACUGCAAAAUAGGAAUUGCCCAACUGUUUAUUAGACACUUUUUGAAGACGGAGGCUGAAUACUGAUAGGGUAAUCUUGAAGUUUCAAACGUUUUUCUAAAAGCACCUGCCUUGAUUUAGGCCAUACAGAACAAUAAAAGAGAUGGAGAGUACUUAAAUAUGCGUAUAACUUCUCCAGAACUCUUACUUUGAUCAAAAGAGAAUGAUGCUUACUUCUAAUUUUAUCCAAACUUCAAGGCUUAAAACUAGUUCCUUUAAUAUAUAAGCAUAAACUCAAAUCAGCCACAUAGAGAUCAAUAGGAUAUAGCCGAAAAGUAUGUUCGCCUCUACCAAAUCAGUCUUUCUCUUACUGGCUUUUCACUCCCUUCUCUUCAAAUUUGGUCAGUCCUCUUGCAGUGAGGCUUUCAAUGAUCUCAUCAAGAAAUCCAACAUUACAAAUUGCAGAAAACUAUCCACUCUUAAAGCUGAAUUGGGCUGGAACUACAUCCCGAACUCCCAUAACAAAACUGCCGAAGUUGAAAUCAUUUUCGGCAUAAGCGAGUACGCGGGAGUGGAAUGGAUUGCGUGGGGUUUGAACCCAGGACACAGGCCAGAGAUGGUUGGGACCAGGGCAAUGAUUGGCAUUAUGCAGAAAAAUGGUGCACUAGAAGUCAAUCUCUACAAUAUCACUAGCAACAACAAGCUUGGCUGUGAGCUCGCUCCUUCAAAAAUUGAAUUCCAAGUCCUAAACAUGAAAGGUGAAGUCUCGUCCUCAUCCUCAUACAUGACAAUAUCUGGGACACUUGUACUUGAUACUCAGGCUUACAAUGUUAAAAUGCUGAACCAUGUUUGGCAAGUUGGCUAUGAUGCUGAUCGUGAAACGUUAGUGCCUAGACCACAUUCUUUUUCUCUUCAGAAUUUUGACAGCAGUGAGACCUUGAAUUUGACUUAUGGUGGGGAUUCUCAAGGCGUUGGACGCCACCGGCGUUACCUUAGAACGGUUCAUGGGAUUUUGAACAUUGUGGGUUGGGGAAUAUUGUUGCCUGUUGGGGUCAUUGUGGCGAGGUACUUCAGGAAAUUUCCAGUGGAAUGGAGAAAUUGGUUCAGUCUUCACUUAGGGUGCCAAAUUGUUGGGUACAUACUUGGCACAGCUGGUUGGGGCAUUGGACUUUGGCUCGGACGUGCUUCAAGGCAUUACUCUUUCAAAACGCAUCAACUCCUUGGCAUAUUCAUUUUCACAUUCACCACUUUGCAGAUGUUGGCAUUAAGAUUAAGGCCAAAACCCCAUGAUGAUUAUAGGAAGUAUUGGGACAUGUACCAUCAUUUUCUGGGGUAUGCCUUGCUGGCAGCGAUCGCUGUAAACAUGUUCCAAGGGAUUGCCAUUUUGAAGCCAGACACCACCUGGAAAUGGGCUUACAUUGCGGUUCUUAUGGCUUUGGGUGUGGCUACUUUGACUUUGGAGAUUGUAACUUGGACUAAGUUCUGUAGACAGAGGGAAAUGAAGAAGAAGAAAAAAGACUCAACUCAAGAAAGCCAGCAGGGCCAGUCUGCCAGCAAUAAUAAUGCAUCUAAACCAUAGGGUUAUAACAACAAAAUCAGCCUGGAGACUGCGUUGAACCAUGAAUCACAUCAUUCAUUCCUUCACAUUGUUGUGUGUAAUUUUUUUCUUUUUCUUUUUGGGACUCUUUAUCUUACCAUUUAGGUUGUGAAAUGUAAUUAGAAAAAUUAUUAUAUAUUAAUAAGAAUCAUUGCUUAUUUUUCCUUCAAAAUUAGCUUGAUUUAAUACAAUAAAUCCAAUCCAAAAAGUAAACUGCACACUACUUUGAAAACAUUAACUAUUUAUUUACUUGUGUUGCUUCAGUUAGUUAAGUCUUUACCGAGUCUGCAUGUUGUUAU